GUUUGACAAGUGGCAUCUGAAUUUAAAUAAUGUUUUGUGAAAUAUUUUUGGUUUAUGGACUGUGUAAGCUUUGAGAAUUUUAAUUUUUUUUUAAAGAAAUGUGAAAUACUGAGACUGAGAAGCGAGGCAGCAAGAAGAAGAACAUAAUAGAAAAUGAAAAUUGAUCGAUUAUAGUAUGAAAAUCGUGCUCAUUACUCAAACUUAUCCACUCUUUACCUUACUACAUAAGGCCCUCUUUCGAGUUGGACGUAUUCACUAAAAUAUAUAUCCUCAAGUCUGUCAUUUUUUAAUAUACCAACAUUCCUUAUCUGUCAGCUGCUAAACUUGUGGAUAAAAUACAAAAGAAAAAUCCAAAUGGAACUUUAUCUGCAGGUUAAUAUCAUCCGACAGAUCCUCAACUACAAGAUAACUAAUUCAAUAAACUGGCCUUAAAUUGAAUUUUCAGAAUAAUAUGAAUAAAAUUGAGAUUUAAAAAAAAUUAAAUUAAAUCAAUGGUGGCUUUUAACUAGACACUUACACCAUAAUAUUAUUGAAAUAGAAGAAGAAUGUUUCUCCACGAUCUGUGUAUAUUACAAUUUCUGUUCAAAUAAAUUUCAAUUUGAUUCUCUAAAUGAUAAAUUAAAGACCGAAAAGAUAUGGAGCAACAAGUAAUUAAGGAAGAAAUCGAGAUUAACGAUGAUUUUAUUUGUAAUAUGAAUGUUAAACAAGAAUUAAGUGAUGAAAUGCCUAGUGCUGCUUUUCAAAAUGUAAAUAAAAUUAGUAAGCAUCCUGUUAAACAAGAAAUAAGUGACGAUCUAGUAUUUGAAGAAUCUAUGAUUCCCGCAAAAACAGGAGAAUGUACUAAUUUGGUUGAUAAACCUAAAAUUCCAAAGAAAUUGGUACAUUUUAGAAUAAAACCAGAUGGAAAACAUCUGAUUCAGAAUAUGAUCGGUGGGAUUAUAAUCUGUGAUUUGUGUGGAAAAUUAUAUACGAAACAAAUCGAAUUCCUUUGGCACUUUUCUGCAAGACAUUGUAUGGAACAGAAGUUUUACCAGAAUAAUAAAUGUAAAAAAAGGGAAACAACAGAUCCUGCUGUUAACAGAAAUCUUAACGAGAUUGAGAAAAACGAAAUACUUCAACUUUAUUUGAAAGAAGAAGAAGAUAUUAAAUUUGCUGAUAAUUUUAAUUCAAGUUUAAAUGAAUGCCAGACAUUGGGAAAAAAUGAUAUUAAUGGGGAUUUGUCUGCCUGCAAUGAAAGAAAGCCAUUCAAAUGUGACAUGUGUUUGAAAACUUUUUCACAGAAGUAUAAGAUGAAAAUACAUUCACGUAUACAUACAGGGGAAAAGAAAUUUAAAUGUGAGAUUUGUUCAAAAACUUUUUCACAUAAAGUUAGUUUAAAUUCACACAUGUGUAAUCACACAGGCGAAAAACCAUUCAAAUGUGACAUUUGCUCAAAAACCUUUUCACAAAAAUACAGUAUGAAAAGACAUUUGUUGCUUCAUACAGGAGAAAAGCCCUACAAAUGUGAGAUUUGCUCAAAAUCUUUUUCAGAAAAAUAUUAUUUUACCCUACAUUUCCGUUGUCAUAGUAGAGAAAAACCAUACAAAUUUGAAAGUGCUUUGACUCGUUUGCACAGUCACACAAGAGAAAAUUCAUUUAAAUGUGAUAUUUGUUCGAAAACUUUUUCGUACAAAUAUAGUUUGAAACGACAUUUAAUUAAUCAUUUAGAAGAAAAGCCUUUUAUGUGUAACGCUUUAGGCGACUGCGAUGCUCUCCCACUACACGCUCCGUCAUUGUUGACAUUCAGGCGUCAGUCGGCGUUGUGCUACAGCCACGUAAAAAUGUCCGCCAUUAUUGAUGCUCCCGCCAAGUGUGAAUUGCGAAGUGUGAUUCGUUUUCUACAGGUUGAAGGCCAUAGUGCUGCAGAAAUCCAUCAGAGAAUGAGUCGUGUGUAUGGGGAAAACUUCAUGAGUGAUGGUGUUGUGCGUGAAUGGUGUCGAAAGUUUAAAGAGGGCCGUAAAGAUGUGCAUGAUGAAGGGGGCCAAGGACGCAAAUCUGUCGUUUCAGAUGACCUGGUUCAACAAGUUGACAGAAUGGUUAAAGAAAAUCGCAGAUUCACCAUCACUACUUCGCCUACGGAAUUUCCAGAUGUUCCAAGGUCUGUUUUGUACUCUACUUAAAUUCAUUGGCAGCAACUUUCUUUGAAAAUGAUAUUGAAAAGCUUGUCCACAGAUAUGACAAAUGUCCCAAUCUCUUCUGUGAUUAUGUCAAAAAGUAACCGUAAGUGUACUAAUCUUUUGGUUACUCUUAUAUGAACUGGUCUUUUAUUUAUAGCCUAUUGGAGGUUAAAAAAAACGGCCCUCGUACAUUUAUAUGGUCAAAAAUGCGUUUACAACAAAUAAAUUAGUUUGUUAAGUAUCAGUGAAUUGUUAAAGGUAUUCGGUGUUAUUUUAUAAAUAAAUCAGUCAGUAAGAUUUACCAGUUGUAUAAAUUCACCCCACUGCUUAAAAACUGUUUAAGUAAAUAAGAAAUUUACUAUAGGGUAGAGAGACAAAUAUUAGACCCUUGGAAUUUUUUUUCCUUUAUUGUUCAUUACUUCUCUGGAUCCCCCAAUCAAUGCUGAUUGGUUGGAGGUUCAGGCAUCAUGCUUUCUGUUGCGAAAUUAACUAGAAAACACUUAUACCGGAAGCACUUGCAAUUCUCACUAAUCUCAUCACUUGAGGUCCGUAGUUUUUUCAUCACGUCCUUCAUUCUUCCAGGCUUGUUCCUUUUUUUACAUUACCUUGUUCACUAGUCCCAUCUACACUCUUUGUUUUACUAAAAUCACUCAACAUGCUGAAAUUUAAAUAUUAAAAAAGGUUAGGUUGAGGUUAUAGAUCUGUUCAACAACACAGUAACGAGAGAAAACUCAGCUGAUAGUGAAGGGGAGAGAAAUGGAACUUGAUUGCAUUUGCCCGUAGCGCAUGGACUAUGAUCUUUCUUCCUCGUUAGCUCUAAUCAAAAUUCAAACUGGCCCUAAAUCGAAUUUUAAGAACAACAUUAAUUAAAUUGAGAUUCAAAAAGAAUUAAAUUAGAUCAAUGGUUUUCAAAUGGUGGCUUUCAACUAAACAGACCAUAUUAUAAAAAUAGAAGAAGAAUGUUUCUCCACGAUCAGUAUACAUUACAAUUUUUGUUCAAAUAACUUUUAUUUACUUCUUUAUUUGAUAAAAUCAAGACCGAAAGGAUAUGGAGCAGACAGUGAUUAAGGACGAAAUCGAGAUUCACGAUGAUUUUAUUUGGAAUAUGAAUGUUAAACAAGAAUUGAGUGAUGAAAUGCCUAGUACUGCUUUUCAAAAUGUAAAUAAAAUUAGUAAGCAUCCUGUUAAACAAGAAAUAAGUGACGAUCUAGUAUUUGAAGAAUCUAUGAUUGCCGAAAAAAAAGGAGAAUGUACUAAUUUGAUUGAUAAACCUAAAAUUCCAAAGAAAUUGGUACAUUUUAGAAUAAAACCAGAUAGAAAACAUCUGAUUCAGAAUACAAUUAGUGGGGUUAUAAUCUGUGAGUUGUGUGGAAAAUUAUGUACCAAACAAACCGAAUUCCUUUGGCACUUUUCUACACGACAUUGUAUGAAACAGAAGUUUUACCAAAAAAAUAACUGUUGUGAAAGAAGGUCAACAACAAACACUGCUGUUAACAGAAAUCUUGACAAGAUUGUUAAAAAUGAAAUAGUUCAGCCUUAUUUGAAAAUGGAAGAAGAUAUUAAAUUUGCUGAUAAUUUUAAUUUAAGUUUAAAUAAUUGCCAGACAUUGGAAAAAAUUGAUAUUAAUGGAGAUAUGUCUGCUCGCAAUGGACAAAAGCCUUUCAAAUGUGAAAUUUGUUUAAAAACAUUUUCGCAAAAAAGUAAUUUGAAUAGACAUUCUCUUAGACAUACAGAAGUAGAGCCAUUCAAGUGUGAAAUUUGUUUAAAAACGUUUUCACAGAAGUAUUAUAUGAAAAUACAUUUGCGUAUACAUACAGGGGAAAAGAAAUUUAAAUGUGAGAUUUGUUUGAAAACUUUUUCACAUAAAGUUAGUUUAAAUUCACACAUGUGUAAUCACACAGGUGAAAAACCAUUCAAAUGUGACAUUUGCUCAAAAACCUUUUCACAGAAAUACAGUAUGAAAAGACACUUGUUGCUUCAUACAGGAGAAAAGCCAUUCAAAUGUGAUGUUUGCUCAAAAUCUUUUUCGGAAAAAUAUGAUUAUAUUAUACAUUAUCGUAAUCAUAGUAGAGAAAAGCCAUACAAAUGUGAAAGUGCUUUGGGGACUCAUUUGCACAGUCAUGCAAGAGAAAAGCCAUUCAAGUGUGAAAUUUGUUUGAAAACUUUUUCACAUAAAUAUAGUAUGAAAGUACAUUUGUUGAGUCACUCAGAUGAAAAGCCAUUUAAGUGUAACAUUUGUAUGAAAACUUUUUCACAAAAAUAUCAUUUCAAUAUUCAUUUGCAGAGCCACUUAGGAGAAAAGCCGUUCAAAUGUGACAUUUGUCCAAAAACUUUUUCACAAAAUAGUUCUUUGAAUAUACAUUUAUGUGGUCAUACAGGUGAAAAACCAUUCAAAUGUGACAUUUGCUCAAAAACCUUUACACAAAAAUACAAUUUGAAAAGACAUUUGCUUCUUCAUACAGGAUAAAAGCCAUUCAAAUGUGAUGUUUUCUUGAAAACAUUUUCAGAAAAAUUUCAUUUUAGUCUACAUUUCCACAAUCACAUUGGUGUUAGAAACUCGUCCACUGAUAUUGACUGUAAAGCCGGCCCUGUUCGAUUAUGUUAAUCGAUGCUAAUGAGCGAAUGCGCCUACUGUCUUAACCUACUUUAAUGUAGUGACUGUUUUUUAUUAUGGUAGUUUGAAUUGUUUAUAGCAAAUUGGAGAUUUCCAGGGAUUCGAAAAUUCUAGAAAUCGAGAGAGUGUAUAUAAACGAAUCUCUACCACCCAUAGUAGUCAGUAAAAAUUUUAUGUCGUAGUGAACACAUCGGCAUAAUUAAAAGUAAACCAAACGGUGAAUCCAAAUAAAUUAGUAUGUCAAGUAUUAGUGAAUAGUUAAGUGUAUUCAGUGUUAUUUUAUAAAUAAAUCAGUCAGUAAAA